CAGCUCUGACUGACUAGCCAUUAGGCAGGCAUUCUGCGAUGUCACCUUAUCUAUGAGGAGGGUGCAAAUGAUUGAAGGUGUCUAGCGGUUAAGGAAUUACAUUUUUACAAGCCAUCAAUGGUGACAUCAGCGCAUACCACGGACGCAUGCCAGGCGUGACCACUGACGAGACACCUUGGCUGGGGCUGCGCGAGAUGGUAAAGGGUAAAUAGCGGGAAACAUGACCUCAUUUCUGUUUUUUUGGGGUUCCUAAUCACAAACUCGUAGGCUAUAUAAGAGAUGAUGGAUCUCAUCCUCACCCAGAACAGAAUUGACACUGGCCACUUCGGGAGUUGAGACACUGGAAUACUUUUUAUCACACAGACAGACUAGACAUGGGACUGCACAGCGUUGAAGAGCUGGUCACUGGUAAAAGGUGUGAGGGAAAGGAGGCAGGCCAGCACCUAUCGGGGGCGUGUUCAGAGAGUGUGUACGAGGCAGCCGUCAACCAGGAGAAACAGGAUGGCCGGAGGUCACACAAAGACUUUAUCCCAGAGGAGAAUGUGAACAGCACUCAGGAGGAGAUCACAGUUGUCAAUCUCAAUACCGACAAAUCAGGCCGGCUGAAACUAGAGACCGUGGAUGACCUUUUCAACAUCCUGAAACUGAGGAAGAGGAGGAGGGAGAGGAAGGUGCAGAACAGGAAAGAACCAGAGCCAGAGAUCAUUCCCGACACAGUCGAUGAAGACACGUUCCUGAAAGCAGCUAUGGAAAAUAAACUGCCUGUGAUUGAGAAGUACCUGUCAGAUGGAGGUGACCCCAACGUCGGUGAUCAUUUCCUAAGGACAGCACUACACAAAGCCUCAUCCAAGGGCCAUGUGGAGAUUGUGAAGAGACUGCUGGAGGCUGGGGCUUCCAUUGAGAAGAAAGACAGAUUGGAUGCCACUUCAGUACACUGGGCCUGCAGGGGAGGCAGCUUGACUACUCUGGAGCUGCUUCUCAAUGAAGGAGGGAAGUUCAACUCCAGAGACAAGCUGCGCAGCACUCCUCUCCAUGUGGCAGUGAGGACGGGACACAAUGAAUGUGCUGAGCACCUCAUCCACUGUGGAGCAGAUGUCAACGCUAAAGACAGAGAUGGAGACACACCCAUGCACGAUGCUGUGAGGAUAAACCGAUUCAAAAUGAUCAGGCUGCUGCUGAUGUAUGGAGCCAGUCUUAAAACUAAGAACAGUGAAGGCAAGUCCCCUAGUGAGAAUCUUCUGGCCUGGCAGAGUGGUGCUAAAAACCUCCUGUGUAACAGCAACAAUGUUAAAUAGAACAAUGACUUCUCAAGGUCUUGGGGAUCUAUCUAUGGCUAUUGAAAUCCAUCCAUUCAUUCAGAUUGUCAUUGAUAACUGAUACUGAUAGAAUUGUUGAAUGCCGAUAUUGCUGGCCAAUGUUAGAGCUGUAGCUUCCAUGCAUUUUGAUGUUGUGUUGAGGUUGGCUAUUGAGAUUCUGGGGAGAUUUAUGUGAUUGUUGGUUUUAUUUUUAUUUAACCUUUAUUUAACCAGGUAGGGCAGUUGAGAACAAGUUCUCAUUUACAACUGCGACCUGGUCAAGAUAAAGCAAAGCAAAGCAAAAACAACAACACAGUGUUACACAUAA